UCUUCUCUUUUCAUUGUUGCUCGUUUCUCAAGGAAAGGGGGGAAAGAACAGAUCUUUCCUCAGCUUUCCUUACUGCUUCUCUAUUCAGUUCAGUGGUUUUUUCCCAAUUGGGUAUUCAUUUCCAGCUUUUUUUUUCUUGGGUUCAUUUCGGUUUCUGGCCUUCAGCUGUCAGCUUCUUACUUUUUGCCUAAUUGGGUUACCAAGGAAGUUGAAGUUCAGUGUUAGUUUUCAGUUAUGACCUCCUCUACAUAAUAAAAAAGAACAAACUUAUAGCAGCUGUUUUCUGUUAUAAGAAUAGAGAAUUGUCGUCCCUGUUUCUAUCAAUUCUUUCAGGGUAUUUGCUCUUUUUUAGUUUCUCUGCUGUUACUCUCUGAAGGUUCACUUGUUUAGAUCUUAAUCGUUGUGAUUGGUUCUUUGUUGGGUUAGUCUGAGUAUUUUUACUUUAGAGUUACAUAAUUUUGUUGAUUUUCCUUGAAAUUCUUAUUUUUUUUAUUUGAAAGUGUCUUUUCUAGAUUCCUCAGGGAUUGCCUAUGCACUAGAAAAAGUAUUCUGAUUCCUUGCAAAUGCUCCCUGAUUUAACGCUGAUAUUUUCCCUUUGAUACCCCCUACCUCUCGGCAUUUCCUCUGUAGUUUCUUGUUCUGUUUUUGCCGGGUUCUUUUUACAAUUCCAUUGAUAUAAGUGAAAUUCCAUUCUCCGAGCGGUCAGUCAUCUGAAACGAUCAGUGAGUUAGGAACUUGUUUGGAUAAAAAUUCCAUGUUUUGGUAGUAUUUUGUGUUUAAAUUUGGUGUUAUGAAGUGGGAAAUGGAAAUUCUGUCGCCGACAUCUUAUAUCUCCAGCACAAAUUGGUUUCUUGAAGAGAGCAAGAGCACGAAAUGGACACCAGAAGAGAACAAGAUGUUUGAGAAUGCCUUAGCGGUCUAUGAUAAGGAUACUCCUGAUCGAUGGCAGAAAGUGGCUGCAAUGAUCCCGGGGAAGACGGUAGGAGACGUAAUCAAGCAGUAUAGAAAAUUAGAAGCUGAUGUUAGCAGUAUAGAAGCAGGGCUGGUUCCAAUUCCUGGAUAUAGCACUUCUCCAUUCACAUUGGAUUGGGUGAACAGCCAUGGCUAUGAUGGACUUAAACACUCAUAUGGACUUGGUGGAAAGAGACCUUCAUCGGGCAGGCCUGCAGAGCAGGAGAGGAAGAAGGGGGUUCCAUGGACAGAGGAGGAGCAUAAAUUGUUUCUAAUGGGCCUAAAAAAGUAUGGCAAAGGGGAUUGGAGAAAUAUCUCGCGCAAUUUUGUUGUCACUAGAACACCGACUCAGGUGGCUAGUCAUGCUCAGAAGUAUUUCAUCAGGCAGCUUUCAGGAGGGAAGGAUAAGAGAAGAGCUAGCAUUCACGACAUAACAACUGUCAAUCUCAACGACACGAGAACACCUUCACCGGACAAUAAGGGAACUCCUUCGCCGGAGCAGUCUUCAGUGCUCCCUCAGCAGCCCACUUCUGCUGCGAUGCCUAGAACACACUUUCAAUGGAAUCAGCCUUGCAGUGGGGCGACAAUGGCUUUCAAUUCAACACAAGGAAAUUUGUUAAUGUCCUCUCCUUACGGGAUUCCCUCCUAUGGAGUAAAAAUGCAGGGGCAGAGUCUGCACAGAAGUGCUGCUCAUGAGUCUUAUUUUGGACCGCAAAAUUUGGUUUUUCAGAUGCAAUCGGCACAGCAAUACCCUCACGGAUGAGACAUCAGCUACUCUGAGUUUCUCCUGGCUCGAUAAGCCAUGCCUUCUUUCAGUUGAUUAGUAUAGCUGUCUUUGUGCUUUCCCCAUGGUUUUAUGUGAAUAUGUCAUCAAGAACUUGAGUUUAGUCCAUAGCAUUCAAACACGAGGGGAUAGGAUUGAGUUUUGCUAAGAAUUUCGGAGUCUGAAAUGAGAAACUCUGAAGGAAGAUUCUUAAACAUGGGUUUCCCACUUUCCCUUGUAUUUAAGAUUCUGUAGUUGAAUCUGAUUAUCCCUUGAUCAAAUUGCUAUGCUAUGUGGUAACGGCUGUGAGCUUAUCCAGAAUGCAUCGACAGAUGGACAUGCGGGAUAUGUGUUAUGGAUAAAGUUGUCUUAAUAGUCUAGGAAUAUGAUUUGAAGCAUAAGAGAAGACUGCAUUACUUUUGUACUACUAUUUGGCACCUCGAGUAGGCUCCUCCAAGAUAAGACGGGAGCGCACCAUACAUGUGCAUCAGCAAGUAGGGUUGGAAUUGCAGGUUCACAUGGAGAAUGAAGUAAACGAAUAAGCAUCUACAAUCAGAAGUUGAGAGCUCACUAGAUUAGACUGUUUUAGGCAUAACCGGUUGUAAAUAUUCCAGGCAAUGUUUGCUUUCAUGUUUUCAGAAGUUCAUCAAUCUGGUUGGAAACUUUCGGCCAGUUCCAUGUGUAAACCUUACUCAUUUGGUUCAAACCAAUGAUUCCAAGUUUUCACCA